AUGAAUUAUAAAAUAAAUGUCUUUCUUUAUAUAUGUAAGAUUAAAAAUGAAAUAAAAAUUAAGAAAGAUAUAAUAAAGAAAAUUAUACCAACGAAAAAUAAAUCUAAUAAAAAUAUUAUUGUCAAAUAUCUUUUAUACAAUAGAAGAAAUAAGAGUUAUAUAAUAAAAAGAAAAUGGAAAAUAAAUUAUAUUUUAAAUAAAACAAAAAAAAAAAAGAAAAAAGAGAGAAAAAAUUAUAUUGGUGAAAGCGAUUCUAUUAAAAAAUUUUAUGACAGGGAAGAUAUAAUUUCAAAAAAAAAUGAUUUAACUAAAAAUUUGUUAAAUACAAAUAAAAGCAGAGAAAAUAUUUCUACAUCUUAUAAUCACUUGUUAAAUAAAAUAAAUAGAAAUAUAAAAAAUUAUACAAAUACAACAAUAAUAAAUACUGGAGUAGACACUCACGAAAAUGAAAAAAAUGUUUUCCUUUAUGGAAGUUUAUUCAUAAAAUAUUUAAACAAAUGUAAUGAAAAGAAAAAAGAAGAAAUUAAGAAAACAUCAAAAUAUUUUAAAACAAGUAAAAUGAAAUAUGAAGAAAUUAUUUCAGAAAAUAAAACAAAGAAUAAAAAGGAAUGUUACAACAAUUUCAAAAGUUCUUGUGAUAUUAAGGAAAAUUAUUACGAAUAUAAAGACAACGUUGAAGAAUAUUCAAAAAAAAAAGGAUUAAUAUAUGAUAUAUACGAUUAUAUUAUAAAAAUGAAUUAUGAAAAUAUUAAAAUAUCAAUUUCUUCUUGGGUAUAUAGAAAUUAUAAAAUAAUUGAUAUACUAAAAAAAAAAUAUCAGAAAAAAAAAAAAAUAAAAAAUAAAAAAGAAUCUUUUUGUUAUAAAUGCUUUAUAAACAAAUUUUUUAAUAAUUCUAAUUUGAAAUAUACAAAAUGUUGUAAUAACUUACCUUUUAGAAAGACAAUAAAAAAUUAUAAAAAUUUAAAAAGUAUUUUAAAAUAUAUUAUCAGAAAGUAUGUUAAAAUAAUAAAUAAUAUAAGAGAGAAAACAAAUGUGUGCUUUCUUUUUAAAUAUAAAUUUAUGAUAAAUAAUCGAAAUAUUUUUUUAUAUUUUAUUAACUUUCCUCUUUGCAAUAUAGAAAAGAAUAAAAUAUUUUAUAAUAUUAAUAACGAAAAAUCUUUAUUAUUUUUAUUUAAUAAAAAAAUUGUAAAUUCAUUAAAGGAUAUCAAUGAUUAUUCUAAUUUUCUAUUUCCUUUUAGCAACUCAAAAAAGUGUCAAAAAGUAAUUAAUUUAAAGAAAAAAAUUAUAUACUUUGUAAAAAAUAAGAAAUAUUCAUUUAAAGAUAAUAAAAAUGUGAAAAAAGAAAUAUUUAUAAAUAAUAGUUUGAGUAACCAUAGAAAACAUAAAUUUGCAAGUGAUAAUGAUAUUAAUAUAAGAAAAAAAAAUAAUACAAAAUGUGAUUUUACAAAAUAUAACAAAAAAGAUAUGAUAUUCCAUGUUUUGAUUUUUGAAUUAUUAAUUAGACUUAUAUUUGAAAAUUCUAAAACUUAUUUUACUAUUUUCAUUAGUGACAUAACUAAUGAUUAUGACUUUUAUAAAAAUAUAUACUAUUUAAAUUUAAGUAAAAUAAUAAACAUAUGUGUCAAACUAAAGAAUACAACAAAAAAAAAAAAAAUUAAAAGUAAAUCCUUAUUAUCACAAAAAAAUUUACUAGAUAAUUUAUUAAAAGAGAAUGAUAAAUUCAAAAAUAAAAUAGAAGGAAAAGAUAAAAUAAUAUUACAGUUAGAAAAUGAGAUAAACGAAAAAAAUAAAAUAGUAUCAGAAUUAGAAAAUGAAAUUCAAAAAAAUAAAGAUGAAAAUUUAGAUAAAAUAAAAAUUAUAGAAAAUUUAAAAAAAAAAAUUUCAAAAAAAGAAACUUUGAAAACAGAAAAUACAGAUGAGUAUUCACAAAAAAAUAAUAAUUAUUUAAAGAAAUUAUAUAAUGAAAAUAAUUUAUUAAAAGAAAAAAUAAAAAAAUUAAACAAUUUAAUUAAAAAAGAGGAAACUUUCUUAAAGACAACUGAUAAACUUUGUGAGAAAAAUGAUAAUUCUGAAUCUAUGUUAUUAAGAAGACUAGAUAAUAAUAAUGAAAAUGAAAAUGAUAAAUUAAACUUUUUUUUUAAAGCUUUUGUAGAUACUGAACAAAAGUUAUAUAUAGCUGACAUAGUAAUAAAAACUCAGAAAGAGAUUAUUACAAAAAUUAAAAAAGAUAAAAAUUAUUAUUUUGAAGAACUUCAAAAGAAAAAAAUUAUUUUUAAAAAAGAAUUAGAAAAUUCACUGGACUUUAUAUAUUCAGUUUGUGAAGACAUAAAAACAAAAAAAGAAAAAAUUUGUCUAAAAAAUAGAAUAAAUAAAUUACAAGAUUGUAUAAAUACAUUUCUAAAUGAAUUAGAAAAAAAUUACUAA